AUGACGCUGACUCUGUCUACAGACUCCUCGGAGAGCCUGGUGGGCGCGUCCGGUUACAAGUUCAACAAAGCCGAUAAAAAACCUAUCAAGUUGAAACUCAAGAAGAUACCGGGGCAAGUUAUGAAAGAGAGCGACACAAAUGGAGUCCAACGUGCGGCUGUAUCGUCCUCGGCCCCCUCGCCGGUCCUACCACAGUUCGACGAAGAAACCAUGGCCAACUUCCCUGACGGCCGGCAGGAGGCCCUCGACACUGUGGUCUGUAAGCAUUGUAAGAAGAUGGUAUUGAAACGGACUGCGAAAGACCACAUUGCGCUCUGUAUCAAAUCGAAACAAGAUAAGGCGCGGAAGAAGAAAGAGGCCCGAGAAGCGGCUCAGCGCGCGAAAGAGCGGGCAGAGCGGGCAGACGAAGAAGACGAUGACGAGGAGGAGGUACGCGACGGCAAAGGUGCUAGAAAGAAUGCUGUCGAUGUGGACGCGGACGAUGCGACCAAGAAAGGCAAAAAGCGCAAGGCUGAACCCGAGGAAGAUAAGGACUCCAAAAAGAAGAAAAGGAAAGAAGAACAGAAAAAGGCUGCGAAACCGAAAGGCCCUGUGGAUGUCGAGAAGCAAUGCGGUGUCACUCUGCCCAAUGGUGCGCAGUGUGCAAGAAGCUUGACAUGUAAGAGCCAUAGCAUGGGCGCCAAACGAGCUGUGCCUGGCAGGAGCUUGCCGUAUGAUAUGUUGCUUGCAGCCUAUCAGAAAAAGAAUCAGGCACGGCAGCAGAAGGCCGCCAUCGACGCAAAUGCACCAGCUUUCCUGGACGAGGACCUCGACCCGACUCUAGCAGGACCGGUAGAUUCAGACGAGGAAAGAGAUUCCAUCAUGACAGCCAUCUCUAGGAGUCUGACCCGGCCUCAUCCGUUAAUUAGUCGCACACUGGUGCCGACGAAACGAAAAUACCAACUUGUCCGGAUGAAAGAGAUGCUCUCCAAUGCGCUAAGCGGGAACCGCAGUGGAGGACUUUUCAGCGUACCUCCCGAGAGUGUCCGGAGCACUGUUGCUGGUUCAGCAACUAACGAUACGUUCUCUCAGCCCAUGUCCGCUUCAGCUGCACCGACAGGAGCAAGCAUGGCUCAACCUGGGCUCAAAGCCCCAGUAAGAAAGAGAUCAGUCGAUGUGACCUAG